AUGCCUGAAGAAUUUACUCCACCGGCCUCUCCUACGGCGUCUUUCUAUGACUUAUCCGAAGAUGACGAGGAUUACAGCACAAUUACCCAUACUUCCACCGGCAGAGGCGUCAUACUCCUAUACACUAAAAGCAAAGUUUACGUGCAUCCUACUCCAUCGGCCAAAGAUAAUAUUCCCGGCUUCAUAGCCCUAAUCCAACAGAAGCCACCUACCGGCGAAACCCCAUCAACUGCAUCUUCCCCAGUUGUAAAUCCAGCCAACCUCCUCCUAGCCUGGCUGCCUGAAUCAGCUCUCGGUUCAGCUUACGAUACUUAUGUCAAAGUUGAUUUACUCGAUACUUCCGCUCCACCGAAACAAACUUACCUCGUUCCACCUCCUCCAAUUUCCACUGGGAACUCUUCGUUAGGGUCAUAUUCAUUCUCCGUCCCCGUUUCCCAAAUCUACUCUCUUCUCGUUAGACCUCCAAGUCUUGGUUGGUGGUGGGGUAGCAUUGUUAUCAAUUCUCGAAGCGGUGACUCCUUCCCUGCGUUAUUCUUCCAUGAUUCGGAAUGCGCGUCUACAAUUGCCCAAUCGAAAGCUAGGACGCAAAGGAACUUUGACCCAUUCGGCGAAAACGGAGAGUUAUUCUGGGGUGGAGACGAAGUCUUAAGAUGGCUGAAACGAUUCGUCAAGGUUGAGAGAAGUCAGGUGGAAAGAACCGUAUACCUUAUCGACCCUACUAAGGACGAUCUGUUAUCUUUCGGCCAAAAACCUGUUAUAGACUCUACAGCUGGGAGAGACAGAGCGGUGGCAACGGCAAGUGGAAGUACUGAUAUCGCUGCUGCGGUCAUGGACCCAUUCACAAAAGCGAUUAAAUCUGCACGAUGGACCCUCUUAGAGCAAUUUGCCAAAGUCACACAGUUCUCCCGACAGACAGCGAGUAAUAUUAUCGAUAACCCGAGUUUACCGCCGCAAGUCAGGAAACUCUUGAAGAACCCUGAUGUCAUCAGCUUACAAGAUGACUUUGACUCUGCCAGGUUAUACCUUGCGCGAUGGGCAAUGGGUAUAGCAGAGCAGAGCGAGAAGGAGCGUGCGAAGAUCGUUUGGAAGAGGGAGGAUAUUAUGGAGAUGGAGGAUAGUGCCGUUGGGGAAUUCGAAAUAUUGGAUAUUGAAGCUGGUAACAUCAGGGGAGAUGGCGAUAGGAGACGCGUUGUGGAAAUGGAUGAGUGGAGCUCAUGGUGGAAUAAAACUUCGGGUAGACUUGAAAUCACAGUUGAUGAAGUAAAGGAGAGAAUAUUCCACGGUGGAUGUGAUGCAGCGGUGAGAAAAGAGGCGUGGCUGUUCCUACUAGAGGUAUACCCUUGGGAUAGCACGAAGGACGAGAGGGCGGCUUUAAUGAAUAGCCGGAGGGACGAAUAUGUGAGACUAAAGGGCAAGUGGUGGGAUGAUCUCACGAGGCGGGAGGGCCAGGGUGAAGCUGGCGAGUACUGGAGAGACCAGAAGAACCGGAUAGAAAAGGAUGUCCAUAGAACCGACCGCAAUAUCCCAAUCUUUGCCGGCGAGGAUACCCCUCAUCCUGACCCCGAUUCGCAGUAUUCAACAAUUGGCACCAAUGUCCAUCUCGAGCAGAUGAAGGACAUGCUUCUAACCUACAACGAGUACAACACUACCCUCGGCUAUGUUCAAGGGAUGUCGGAUCUCCUCGCCCCCAUCUACGCCGUCUUUCAAGACGAUGCGGUCGCAUUCUGGGCGUUCGUCGGUUUCAUGGAGCGAAUGGAACGAAACUUCUUGAGAGACCAAAGCGGUAUGAGGGCGCAGCUAGUAACACUGGAUCAGCUAGUUAUGCUCAUGGACCCCGUGUUGUGGAAACAUUUGGAGAAAGCUGAAAGCACAAAUUUCUUCUUCUUCUUUAGAAUGAUUCUUGUGUGGUAUAAGAGAGAGUUCGAAUGGAAUGAUGUGCUGAGGUUAUGGGAAAGCAUGUGGACAAAUUAUUUAAGCGGGCAGUUUCACUUGUUCGUUACGUUGGCGGUGUUGGAGAGACACCGGGCGGUUAUUAUGGAUCAUUUGCAACAUUUUGACGAGGUCCUGAAAUACAUCAACGAACUUUCGGGGACAAUUGAGUUGAAUUCAACGCUUAUACGAGCCGAGGCCUUGUUCUAUAAAUUCCAGAGAACGGUCGAGGCUUCGGAUCGAAGAAAUGGGUUCCCAAGUCCUGGUACCGCAACUCCGAUGGUUAGGUUGACACACCGGAGGACUACCAGCUCAGCCCCCUCCGCAUCAUCUGAGAACUCUGCGAGCGCUUCGAAAGGUAAAGCAGUAGCGGAUAAAGAUGGGCCUGAGAUUACAGAACCGUUGAGGGCUUUGUUAAGUAGGAAUAUUGUGAGGGUUGAGAAAAAGGAGCCGGCGGAAGAUGAAGCUGGAAAAGGGAAAACACCGGUUAGAGAGUAA